GCGGCGCACAGAGAGCCACGUGAACACGCGCACAUCCGCGGGGGCCGAGAGAGAGAGAGAGAGAGAGAGAGAGAGAGAGAGAGAGAGAGAGAGAGAGAGAGAGAGAGAGAGAGAGAGAGAGAGAGAGAGANGAGAGAGAGAGAGAGAGAGAGAGAGAGAGAGAGAGAGAGAGAGAGAGAGAGAGAGAGAGAGAGAGAGAGAGAGAGAGAUGUUUUCAGGAUGGGCGCUAAAGCGGGUGUACAAAUUUGUGCUGAAGAGGUUAUUAGGCCGUCUUCUGAAGAACGAGCUAGAUCUAAAGCAGUUGGAGGUACAGCUGGGAGCAGGAACGUUGGAGUUGCGGGACCUGACUCUGGACACCGAUUACCUUAACGACCAGAUAGGAGAUGCCUCCCUGGUGGCCUUCGUGUCAGGGUACGUUGGCAGUGUGCGAGUUCGAAUCCCGUGGAAAGCACUGUCAACGAAGUCCUGUGAGGUGGAGCUUGAAGAUGUGGACCUCUCUCUGGCACCACGUGCGAGAGCUGCAACACGGGCAGAAACGGGCGGACGACAUGCGGAAGGGGAGCAGAGUGAGGGCGCAGUGUUGGCAGAGAGUGAAAGGGUACUCUCCCUGAGGGAGAUUGUCGCGGGAGAUCCCGGUGGACGAGGGGAAGCAGGGGGGGGAUUUUCAUCUGGAGGGCGGCCCAUGUCGUGCGGCUUAGAAACAAGUGCAGCAGCAGGAGGAGGAGGAGGAGGAGGAGGAGGAGGAGGAUGGAGAGGUGGAGUUGGCUACCUCGGCGUUGACGAUGGUGUACGUGUCAUCGCCCGAUUAGUGGAGAAGAUUCUGCUGGGGCUGUGUGUACGGAUCACCAAUGUGACCGUUCGGUUGCGGGCGUCAAGGAUGGGGGGAACAGCUCCGUCGGGUGGUGGUCCCACGGCAGGUGGUGGUGGUCCCAGCUGCCGAGAGACGAGUGAGAGUAAUGUGAUUGUCCCGCCAGUUUUGGUGAUACACAUCGACUGGCUAGAAUACAUGGACGAGAGCGGGCGAAUGGAGAGGCAGCAGACGGCCGAAGGAGGAGGGUACUCAACAGGGGGAACAGGGGGAGUGGGAGGGGGAGAAGGAGGGGGGAUGCAAGGGGGCAAGGGGGGGGAAGGGGGGGAGGGAAUAACGUUGGUGAAGAGGGUGUUGUUCAAGGGAGGGAGGGUGGAGCUGGCAGAGGAUAUGGAGGAGCAGGAGAAAGAAAGAGGGACAGAUGAGGAUGGAGGGUGGGAGGUGGGGAGCCCUCAGACAAUCGGGUCCUCUGUGUGGAUGGAGAGAGGGAAAUCAGAGAGUCGGAAGCGGGGUAGCGAAGGGGUAGGAGUUGUCUGGGGACAUAAUCGGGUAUUAGUACAAGGGGAGAACGGGGGGGUGGAGGGGACGGUUGGCAUGGUACUGAGAUGGCGGCAAGGUCUGACUGGGAUGCUGACAGUUGAUGCUGAUGUGGACCUGAGGAACGUGACGAUGCUGAUGUGUCCUCGAAGACUUGUCCGGAUUCAUUGCUUCACCACUGUGCUCAGCGAGAGUGCGGGUACAGAUGGUCGAGGGGGGGUGAGUGACUUGGAAGCAGAGGAAGGCGGCCAUUCGUGUUGUUGCGACCAUAGGAGAGAGAGCUAUGGUCCUUCCAGCAGCUUCUUGUCUGGGUCUGCGUUCUCAUUGUCCGACGAUUGGCUGUCAGAGAGCGAGAUACCAGCCCAAGAAGAUGAGGAAAUAGCACAGUGGCCAAGGGAGAACGAAAUGAGAGCGACAAAGACGGCCUCGGCGGGUAAUGGAGAGCAGGAUAGUCCGCGAGGCGAAGCAGCACAGAGUAAGGGCAGCAAGGAAUCGAGGCACGAAAGUCAAAAUGGUACUCAGUCUGCAAGAGCUGCUCCGUUACAGAUUGGCAAAGAAGUGGAGCCAGCAGGUGAUGAGGGCCCCAGCAGCUUCAGGGAGAAUGGUCUUCCUCUUACUUCGUACAUCCCGGACUGGAUGCUCUGUCCUGGCCAAGACGAUGAACUGCAGGAAAUGGAUGCCAACAUAGAGGUCAAUCUCGCAUCGAGUGCAUCCUCUAGCCGCCAACUGGAGGAAUGCGUUGACAACGUAGUGGCAAUGCUCGGCGACAUCAGCACCUUCGCUGCGCCAACCACCAUCAGCAGUCAGCUGCAUACCUUGAAGACCGAGUUCCAACAGCUGCAGUCGACGAACGCAGAUGGCAAUCCGAAGUUGCACAAAAUGCCAACUUUCCAACUGGACAGGUUCGACGACUACACGCAGCAGGAUCCGGUCCUCUGGUGGGAAGCAUUCACAACGCAACUCAGGAUUCUGCCCGUCGCUAAGCACGCGUACAUCGGCCCCCUGUUCAUGAACUCAAAGGGCGGAUGCCAGACCUGGUUGACCCACCUGGCAACCUCCCACGGCGUCGACGUACCGGACUUGAAGGACAAAAUCACAUGGGAGGAACUGACACGGCUGUGGAAGAAGCGGUUCAUCGUCGACGACGCGCCAACACUUGCCAUCAACCGUCUGUUCACCAUGUCACAGGGCAACACCGCAACACGGGAUUGGCUCACAGAGUGGCAGAAGAUUGCGGCAGUGCCCAACCUGGACUUGCCAUUCAUGCAUUUACGCCGUGAGUUCUACAACAUGUCCUGUGCUGCAUUGAGCCAGGCUCUUGGUGAUCGCGAGCAGUACUCAACCUUCGCUGAGAUCAUUGACAAGGCGAGGGAAAUCAUCAAGACCAAUAGGUCAGCUGCACACGAGAAGUCAACAUGGCAGCCGACCUAUGUGGAGAAGGUACGAAUUGGUCCGCGACAGCAGCACUUCGCUGCAGUCCAGUCGGACAGUGGAGAUAGCCCAGCAGCCACUCCAGCAUCGAGUGACGGAGAUCAGGUGGCUGCUGUCCAGCCGCGAAGCAACAACAAGUCCCGCAACAAUGGGAAGGCGAAAUCCGCAUCUUCCGCGGAAGGUGAGGCGACUCCACCUUCUACUCCGCCAGAUUCGGCCGCCUUGCUAGCGGCCUCCUGCACAUCUGGGGAGGAUGCAAAUGUCGCAGGUUCUCGUUACACUUACGAGGACUAUGCUGUCCACUUGGUUCCACCGCUGGACCAACCGCUCCACGUGCAACAAUCUACCGCAUGCACGGUUUCAAAACCAUCGGCAACCGAUUCGGCAGCUUCGCCGCCAAUUACCGUCGGGAAUUCAUCGUCGUGGUCAAGACUUGAGGUGCUCUACCCAUUGACGUCCAUGGACUUCCAGUGGAUGCCUGUUCCACCGACCGGACGAUUGCCGAAACCGCAUUGCAACGAGCUCAUGGCACAAUUGCGGGAUUACUUGCACACUGCAGUACCGACUCCGUUGAUGGACGCCGGAGUAGAGGUUGUCGACCUUCACGUCUACAUUGUGAAGAUCGAGCGCGAGUUCAAGACGCAAUGGUACGACGACAUCGACGCACCAUUGCUAUAUGUACGCAUUCAGAUCGGAGAAGCGAUCUGCAACGCUUUGAUUGAUUGCGGAGGAUCUCGCGACUACAUCAGCAGGACUUCAUGGCACAAGUCAAUCGACCGGUGCAUUGACAGCAUCCCAGUGCACUUUGCCCCUCACGCAAGUGAGGCGGUGUCCUUUGACAUUCUGGACACCAAAUUCGACAUGAUCUUGGGCAUGUCAUGGCUGGGAAGCAAGGAUCACCCGGUGAACUUCUUCAACCGCACCGUUCACGUUGAUCGGAACAGAGUAUUAGUUCCAUGCAUGGUGCCUCUUCCUCAUCCUUCGAUCAGUUGCCACGUGGUAUCCGCCGCAAGCAUACGAGCUUCCAUGAUCAGAGACCACAUCGAGGAGAUGGGGGUAUACUCCAAGAUUGCUGCACCUAUGACGAGGUUACAGUCCCCAAAGGUGCCAUUCGUAUUCGAUGACGACGCACGCCGGUCAUUCCAAGCACUUAAGACGGCUAUGCUCAUGGCACCCGUCCUUAGCAUCUAUGACCCCACCUUGCCGACGAGAGUGACUACGGACGCUUCCGGCUAUGGCAUUGGGGCAGUCUUGGAACAACACGACGGCGGCGACUGGCACCCUGUGGAGUAUUUCAGCCAGGAAGUGUCUCCCAUCAACUCGCUUGAUGAUGCAAGGAAGAAGGAGCUACUCGCGUUCGUCAUGACUCUCAAACGAUGGCGACACUUCCUCCUUGGGCGUCGAGUCCAACACAACAAUGAAACCAAGUUCGGUUCGGCAGACGGGCAGACGGAGCGGGCACAUCAAACCGCUCAAAUGAUGCUUCGUACGCUCAUCCGUCCGGACCAGAAAGAUUGGGUUGACCGCCUCCCCGACAUCGAGUUUGCCUACAACACUUCGGUGCAUCCGGCGAUCGGCGUGACUCCAUUUGAGUUGCACCACGGUGGACGGAAAAAUCGGAUCUUCGCCGACCUUCUCCUCCCUCGACCAUCUGACGUUGACGCUGCCUGCUCUCCCGCUUCCGUUCGGAAGUACAGGGAAUUGCUGACUCAAGCCCGCGCAAAUAUGCAAAAGGCUCAAGUCCGCAUGCAGCAGCAAGCCAACAGGCGACGCGUACCAUGUCCCAUCCGCGACGGUGAUUUGGUUUGGGUCUCCGCGGAAGAGUUUGCAUUGGAACACGACGUUUCACGCAAACUACUUCCCAAGUGGUUUGGACCUUGGUCUGUGACAGCAGCCGCGGGCGAUGAGCCCGAUGACCCUUCAUUUGUGAUCAACAUUCCAGAGCAUCUGACGGUCCAUCUGGUCUUCCACGCCUCGAAGCUGGCAACAUACACUCCAGCCAAGAGCGACGACUUUCCGGGCCAACGAUCGUAGGACCCUCCUUCUAUGGAUGGUCAUUAGGAAGUUGACCACGUCAUCUCCGAUCGCAAGUACGGCAGCAAGCCGCG